UUUAAGUUUAACUAUCUUUUCCAACAUUAAUAUUUUCCCUUGCUUUCAACGCUCUCUUUCAUUGUCUUGUUUCUAAAAAAUAAAAAGGAGGGUUUGUUUUUUUGUCUAAAUAAUUACCAACGAAAUGGGACGGUCUCCAUGCUGUGAUAAGGUGGGGUUGAAGAAAGGGCCAUGGACUCCCGAAGAAGAUCAAAAGCUCUUGGCUUACAUUGAGCAACAUGGCCAUGGAAGCUGGCGUGCUUUGCCUGCAAAAGCUGGGCUUCAAAGAUGUGGCAAGAGUUGCAGACUUAGGUGGAUUAACUACUUAAGACCUGAUAUCAAAAGAGGAAAAUUCAGUUUACAAGAAGAGCAGACCAUCAUUCAACUCCAUGCCCUCCUCGGAAACAGGUGGUCGGGUAUCGCUGCUCAUUUACCAAAAAGAACAGACAAUGAGAUUAAGAACUACUGGAAUACACAUCUAAAGAAAAGAUUGAACAAGAUGGGGAUCGAUCCCGUGACCCACAAGCCUAAAACUAAUGCCCUCGGGUCCGCAACCGGUAACCCCAAGGAUGCAGCUACCCUCAGCCAUAUGGCUCAAUGGGAGAGUGCUCGGUUAGAAGCCGAAGCCAGGCUGGUUAGAGAGUCGAAACUCGUUCGCUUCUCCUCUUCCUCUUCUUCUUCUUCCUCGGCUCCACAGCACACUAGCAAUCCUGUCAUGACUCCGCCGGCGACUAGGCCACAAUGCCUCGAUGUGCUCAAAGCUUGGCAAGGUUUAGUGACCGGAUUGUUCACUUUCAAUAAUACUACUGACAACCUCCAGUCUCCGACGUCAACGUUGAACUUCGUGGAGAACACCAACACGUUGGCUAAUGGAUUAAUCAAUGACAACUCCAUGGAGUUGCAUGAAAUGGGUGCAUGGUUUCGUCAAGAUUCUUCAUACAGGGCAGUAGAGAACAUGAACAUGGAAGAUUAUUCGGAUAUGAUGGUUUGGGAAUCUGGGGAUCAUCAGCAGUGUUCAUCAAUGGCGGCGCCAGCUGAAAACUUGAACGAAACAAGCUAUGGUAAUAGUAGUAGUAGUAGUAGUAGUAGUAGUAGUUUAGAGGAGACUAGGAAUUACUGGAAUAACAUCCUUAAUUUGGUAAGUUAACUGAUCAAUCAUGGCUGCAAUGUUGAAGGUUGAAUAGCCAAUAAUCAUGUGGGUUAGUUUGGCCUCUUGAUAAAAUGUUGAACUUUUAAAUUUCAAUAAUAAUUAGAGUCAA